CUCCCUUUGAACCAGUGGAAUUGCAGGUUUGUUACAGCCUGCAACGUUGCCAUUAGCAACGGCAACUGCCCUCUACAAGUCCCAAAAUGUUGCACAGAUCGUUUAUACCUGAUAUCGGCGUUUAAUGAGAAUUUAUUCGCGCUCACAUCGACUUCCUUCGUGUCUUUUUUAAAGAUGGUUUUCGGUCGUUGAGGAAGCCUGCGUGCCAGUACCAGUUAGCUCCGAUUGCUAAAGCUAGCACGUUGAGCUAAUCCCAUUGCUUUAGAUAAUCCCAGUCUCAGAUAGCAUCGUUAUCGUCUUGGAAUUGGGUUGAACGUUUUUCUGACAAAGUGUUAAUUGUAACGGGCGGCUAUGGGCCAAGAGUAAUGUCUGAAUAACCUGCUUGGAAUAUUUGCAGAUUUUUUUUCCUACUUAAGUUGAAACAGUAGAAAGAAGAUGGAUCUUCGCCUCAAUAGAGUUGAUUACAUUCAGGUUGGCGUGACAUCUCAGAAAACUAUGAGGCUUCUUCCUCCACUGGGAAAAAAGGCAACCCAAAAGGUUGCUAUUGCUGAUCAUGAUGGAAUACUCACAUGUUUUGGCAUCAAGAAGGGGGAAGCAGUGCCUGUCUUUAAAACACUUCCUGGCCAGAAGAUAGCCCGAAUGGACCUUGGAGGUGCUGCGGGAACUCCCCAGGAAAAGAUCUUUGUCUGCUCUGGUUCUCAGGUCCGAGGAUUCACCAAGAAAGGCAAACAGUUCCUCACUUUUGAAGCCAACCUAACUGAGAGCAUUAAUGCAAUGCAUGUCUCAGGCGCCGACCUUUUUGUGUGCGCAAGUUACAUCUACAACCACUACUGUGACUGCAAAGAUCAGGACUACUACCUCUCUGGAGACAAGAUCAAUGACAUCACAUGUUUGUCCACUGAAAACCUCACUCACCUCGUCCCCGUCCUGGCAUGCCAAGAUCGAGUGCUCAGAGUCUUGCAGAGAUCUGAACUUGCAUAUGACAUAGAAGUUCCUGGACCUCCUUCUGUGUUGGAACUGUGUAAAGAUCAAGGAGAGGAAAUUCUCUUUGGAACCACAGAUGGAAAAAUAGGAUUGGUUGAGAUUGGUGAACUUUCAGCUGCGACCAAAUGGGAAAUUGACAAUGACAAAAAGAAAGGAGGAAUUCUUUGCAUUGACAACUAUGAUAUUAUUGGUGACGGAGUGAAUGAUAUCCUGGUGGGGAGGGAUGAUGGGACGGUUGAGGUCUACGGCUUUGACAGCUCUAAUAAACCGACAUUGCGCUUUGAGCACGUAUUGUCAGAGAGUGUGACCUCCAUCCAGGGUGGUUGUGUAGGGAAGGAGUCUUAUGAUGAGGUCUUGACUGCCACCUACACAGGAUGGGUGACUGGUUUGACCACUGAGCCUCAGAAGGCCGAGGCUGGCCCCGGAGAUGAGGUCAGGAUGAGCAAGGAGACACAGUCUAAAGUAGAAGCACUCAGGGCAGAGCUGGAGCAGCUGCAGGUCAAAGUCCUGCAGGGACGUGAGCAGUACCAGCAGACCUCUCAAUCAAGCACGGCUGUCUCUGCUGUCCCCGUCUUCAGCAUCAAUGACAAGUUUACACUCUGCCAAGACGAUGCCAGCUACAGCCUCACCCUGGAGGUGCAGACUGCCAUCGACAACCUGCUGUUGCAGAGUGAUGUCCCCAUUGACCUCCUGGAUGUGGAUAAGAACUCAGCUGUCGUCAGUUUCAGUGAAUGUGACUCAGAGCAGCCCAAUGGGAACUUCCUCCUGGCCACAUACCGAUGUCAGGCCAACACUACCAGAAUUGAGCUCAAAGUGAGGUCCAUUGAGGGACAGUAUGGAACCCUGCAGGCGUAUAUUACCCCAAGACUGCAACCUAAGACAUGUCAGGUACGCCAGUACCAGAUCAAACCUCUGUCCCUCCACCAGCGGACUCACAGCAUAGACCAAGAGAGGCCAAUGAACAGGCUCAGUCUGGUUGGGCAGUUCAGUUUUGCAGAGAUCCACUCCUGGGUGGUUUUCUGUUUGCCGGAGGUACCUGAGAAAACACCCGCAGGAGAGAGCAUCACAUUUUAUUUCCACAACACCUUCCUUGGCACACAGCUUGAAGCCACCUACUGCAAAGGGGAGGGUCACUUUAAGUCUGACAACAUCUCUACGAUCUCCAUACUGAGUGAUGUUCUGUCUAAAGAAGCUACCAAAAAGAAAAUCAAUCUCAACAUUUCGUACGAAAUCAGUGAUGACUCUGUGAGCCACACCCUUAACAUGAUCCAUCCAAAGCUGGAGUACCAGCUGUUGUUGGCUAGAAAAGUUCAGCUCAUCGAUGCCCUUAAAGAGCUUCAGGUUCAUGAGGGGAAUGCUGAUUUCCUCAUUCCAGAAUAUCGCAACAUCUUGGAUGAAUCCGCUAAUCUCCUUGAGGAGUACAAGAAACAGCCUGCACACCUUGAAAGGCUUUACGGAAUGAUCACAGACCUCUUCAUCGACAAAUUCAAGUUCAAGGGCCAGAAUGUGAAAACCAAGGUGUCCUCAUUGCUGGAGAUACUUGAUAACUAUGACUUGAAUUCUCUGUUAGAUUUUUUUAAUGAGGCCUAAGUUUUUAAUAGGUCAGAAGGUAUUCAUUUAGUUGUCUUUGAAUGUUUGUGCUAUUUUUGUAUUCUAAUGAAACACUUGUUUCAUGGUAGUAUCUCUGUGUUUCUGUAAUGUUAUUAAAUAUAUUUAGUUACUUUUUGUCAUAGCUACUGAGCACAAUAUUUAAAUAUUUAUGUAUUUUAAAGUAUCUGGAAAUAACUAUAAAAAAAGUUACCUGUAUGAAUAGCUGGCAUUUGAAGUGACCAAAUAUAAGGUUGUUAAAGAAAUAUGUAAUGUAUAUUUUUAUGUUAUGGUUUUCAUAUGAGUGAUGUUCAUCUCUUCAAAUAAAAAUGAGAUGAUGUAAAGUUCAUUAUUCACUGGACUAAUGCUACUACAAAAACCUACUUGUGUAGAAGAAGAAAUGCAUAAUACAGUGAAUUUUAACAAAGA